AUGGUAAUAACAAUUUUCAUUGUAAUACCACUUUGUUAUCCAGCUUUCGACACUUAUUACCUAAACUCUAUAAAAGAAGACACGAGUAAAUCUUUCUUCUGGGAAUCCCCUUCUUCAAGAACUCCAAUCACUGAAGAAAUUUUUGCUGAAAAAUGUGGAACUAAGCCUCCUUUACGUGUACAACAAAUUAAAAUAAGCACGACGAAAAAUAACAAACUACAAAACGUCUUGGAAAAAGACAUGUUACUAUGGACUUUAAAUUUGCAAGAGCAAUUAUCAACUACUUCCAUAACUUAUCCACAUAAUACAGUUUCUCCACUAAUAUCCUCAGUUUUAAUUGAAGCCAACAACAAAAACAAUCCAAAAAAAGAUCCUCUUCCUUACACGCUUUCAAAUCUUUGUUUCAAGCCUAUUAAUGAUAACCGCUGUCUGAUACAUUCUCCACUUGAAUAUUGGUCAAACAAUGCACAAAGAUUAUUGAAGGAUCAUUCUAUUUUCAAUACAAUAUCAAAAGCAAAUAAAACCAAUUCUUUCGACAUACCAAUUCCAAUAGAUUCUGUGUUUGGUAAUCCUGUUUAUGAUAAAAGAACUGGUAAAAUUAUCUCUGCAGAUUCAAUCAUCCUCACAUAUUUCUUUAAAGAUAUUGGCGAUGAUUGUAAUGAAGGUGAGACCAUUGCAAUUUGGGAAAUGUUAUGGAAGAAAAUGGCUGAGGAUGACAGUCAUUCUCAUUAUCCUGUUGACCUUGAUUCCGGGAGAUCUAAUAUUUCCGCUGAAGUGGUUCUUCUUAUUGUUGAAUAUUUAAUAUUAUUUUCAUAUAUUUCAUUAUCACUUAGGCGUUUAAAUUCUGUUAAAUCUAAAAUUGGUCUUGCUUUUUCAACAAUUGCUCAACUACUUGCCUCACUAAUUAUUUCACUUAGACUUGAAGGUGUUGGAAAUUCAAUAACCAAAAAUGUCGUAACUCGAUUGUUAUUAUUACCAUUAUCAUGUGUGAUCAAUGUUGAUUCUCUUCAAGAAUUUUGUAUCUUCAUCUCUGUGACAAUGAUCACUGAUUACUUGUUACAAAUGUCACUCUAUAUCACCAUUUUAUCAAUUGAUCUUCGUAGAUUAGAGAUAUCAGAUUUGUAUAACCGAAAAGUUAUUACGCCUAUCACUAAAUCCAACAACAUUCGUAAAUUAAGUGUCUCUGCUUUACUUAUAAUUACAAGUUUAACAAAUGCUUACAAAGUAAAAACUGAUUUAUUAUCAUUGACAUUUGUAUCUGAUUUUUUUGGCAAUUCAACUGUGCCAGAAUCAAAUUUAAAUACAACGCUCUGGGAAACUUCAACUGCUACAACUACUGAUAAAUUUUGGGACAUAGUUAAUCCUCAAAAAUCUGAUCAAUAUUUUGAAUUCCGUCCAAUGAAAUUUAUUUCAAUAAUUCAAAAUUUUGAUGGUGCUGAUACCAACAAUCAAUCAAACAAUAACCAAAAAAGCAACAAUAAUGAAACAACUUCAACAUCUACUAAAUAUUUUGCUACUCCUCGUGUUGUCACAUUGAGAGGAUGUCAUUCUGCUGAUGUGGACUUAUUAUGUGCUAACUCUUACAAUAAGAUAAUCUCAACAGGGAUUGACAAACAUAUUACCUCAUGGAAUGGAAAACGUGGCAUUCCAUUAAAAAAGCUCGAGCGUUACUUGAGGAGGUGUGACACAUGUAAGUGUAAAACUACUGGUGGAAGAAAGAAAUGUAUAUCAUGGCCUGUUAGAGCAAUGUGUAUGAGUGAACAAACUGAUUUGGCUGCUGCUGGUUUUGAAGAUGGUGUUGUGAGAGUUUGGGACUUAAAUUCUGGUCAAGCUAUGUUUAUAUUAAAAGAUACUGUGGAAGAUGUUGAGUCUUCUUCAUUAUCUUCGCUGGAAAAUAACAAAUCAUCUGUUAUUUUGCUUGCAACAUAUCGUAAUGGUUAUUUUCGUGAAUGGGAUCUUGUGUCUGGUCAAGUUGUACAUACAAUAUUCACACAUCAAAAAGGUGGCAUAACUUAUCUUUGUGUUGUGGGUGAAGAUGAAAAGCAAGAUUAUAAUCACGAUAAAUUAGUGGUUUUCACUGGUGCUAGAGAUGGUUCAGUAAAAUGUUGGGCUAGAAAUAUACAUUAUUCUCAUAAUAAUGAAUCAACUCCAAGCAAUCAUCACAAUAACAGUAAUGAUUCAUCAUCAUCACAACCACAUAAGUUUCGAUGGGAUCUAUUAUACACAAUACCUGGAAGACCAAAUUAUGCUAUAACAUGUAUUGCAACCAAAAUAAUUAAAAAGGAUAGUAUUGGUAUUUUGGUGACUGGUACUUCUGAUGGCCAGGUUAAUGUAUAUGAUUACCGAACAAGUAAACUUAUUGUAACAUUGAGUAAAGGUUUACUUGCAAAACAGAAAUCUAAAAAAAAACAUAAAAAACCAACAUUACAAAAACACUCUUUGCUUCAACAACAAUAUCAAAAAAGCUGUCCGUGUGGCAAUACUGAAGAACCAGGUGGUUUCACAAUCGUUACUUCAUCAGUUGAUGAAAAAGUUCUUGUCUGGCAAUUAGUUCGUAAUGUGAUGGAUUGUACAUGUAUUUCAUUAAAUUUUGAUUACCAUCUCUCUAAUAAUAAAGCCAAUAAAAAAAAUUUAUCGCCAUCAUCAAUAACAUCUGUAACAAAUAAUAUAAAUGAUAAUUUAACAAGAUUCAAAAAUAAUGUUUCAAAUCAACUUAACAAUCAUCAAAAAGUAGCAGAAUGGAAUGGUGUUGUAUCAUAUCAAUCCAAAUUCAUAGGACAUAUAAGUCAACUUGGUGGUUCGGCAAUUGUACUUGCUAGAGAACAUGUGGUUGGUGUAAGAAAAGUUAAAAAUUCAAAGAAUAAACAAUGUCAUGGAGCUGAAGGUGAAUGGGAGGUAUGGAUGUUGGAUAUUAAUGAACCUCAAGCUAUCGAAUCAAAUAAUCUUUGUACAGGUGAUAAUAAUGAUAUAGAUAAUGAAGAUGAAGAUGAAGAGGAUGAUCUUGUUGAAUUAUCAGUUCAAACAAUUUCUUUAGUUAACGAGAAAGAUUUAUUUGAAGAACAACAAAAACAUAAAAAUGAACAACUUAAAUUACAAGAAAAAGCAAGUUCUGUUGAACUUAAAGGAUUUGUUAGAAAACCACAAAAAAGAUGUGGUAGUGUAAUGAUUAAUAAGGUUAAUUCAGAUAAUGAUAAAAGUAGAAAUAAUAAUGGUAGUGAACAAAGCUUGCUAAAUUUUGAAGAUGAAAAUGAUAAGAAUGAAAUAUUACCAUUUGCUUAUAUACGGCAAGUUGUUAAAGUUGGUGAAGAGGGAGUUGCAGUUGCAUAUGGUAAUUUUAUUAAAGUUGUAUAUUUUGAAGGAUCAUCAGAUGAUGAUGAACUAAUAGACAAUGACGUUUCUUGA